CCUUCGCUUCCGCUCCGCGUUCCCACAAUGCAGUGCGGCUGAGCGCCUCGGAGCCCGCGGGGACGCUGCGGGGGGACCCGUGCUGAGGCGGCGGCGGCGGCGGCGACGUGGGCUGCGGCGGGCCCGCGGCGUCGGGCGGUGCGGAUGUCGGGCUGGGCAGACGAGCGCGGCGGAGAGGGCGACGGGCGCAUCUACGUGGGGAACCUUCCGACCGACGUGCGCGAGAAGGACCUGGAGGACCUGUUCUACAAGUACGGCCGCAUCCGCGAGAUCGAGCUCAAGAACCGGCACGGCCUCGUGCCCUUCGCCUUCGUGCGCUUUGAGGACCCCCGAGAUGCAGAGGAUGCAAUUUAUGGAAGGAAUGGUUAUGAUUAUGGCCAGUGUCGGCUUCGUGUGGAGUUCCCCAGGACUUAUGGAGGUCGGGGUGGGUGGCCCCGUGGUGGGAGGAAUGGGCCUCCUACAAGAAGAUCUGAUUUCCGAGUUCUUGUUUCAGGACUUCCUCCAUCAGGCAGCUGGCAGGACCUGAAGGAUCACAUGCGAGAAGCUGGGGAUGUCUGUUAUGCCGAUGUGCAGAAGGAUGGAGUGGGGAUGGUUGAAUAUCUCAGAAAAGAAGACAUGGAAUAUGCCCUGCGUAAACUGGAUGACACCAAAUUCCGCUCUCAUGAGGGUGAAACUUCCUACAUCCGAGUUUAUCCUGAGAGAAGCACCAGCUAUGGCUACUCACGGUCUCGGUCUGGGUCAAGGGGCCGUGACUCUCCAUACCAAAGCAGGGGUUCCCCACACUACUUCUCUCCUUUCAGGCCCUACUGAGACAGGUGAUGGGAAUUUUUUCUUUAUUUUUUAGGUUAACUGAGCUGCUUUGUGCUCAGAAUCUACAUUCCAGAUUGAUCAUUUAGUGUCUUAGGAAAUUUUUUUAAAUUUUUUUUUAAAAGAAAAAAAACUACAUAAUUUCUACCAGGGCCAUAUUAGCAGUGAAACAUUUUAAACUGCAGAAAUUGUGGUUUUGGUUCAGAAGCAAGUUGUAUAUUUUUCACCCGAUUAUGGGAAAAAAAAUCAGUUUUGUCUUUGUGGGUUACUCUGCUAUGGAGAUCAGCAGUUACUGUUACUGAGUUGGCCCAUUCUGUUUAGAAAUAUAUUUUAAACGUUUAGUAAUUGA